GGCUUAUGUUUACUUUCCAUUCUGUUUAAAACCAGUUUAACAAUGAUGUGUGUGAAGAUCAACCUGAUUUUGCAGGGGUUUUUUUUUCAGCUUUUAAAUCCUGUUUUUGCAUGGAAUUUCCUCUGUGUAAUAAAAUCCCUAUCAGGAUUCUAUGGCUAAGUGGGGAUUCAAACCCUGCUAUCCAGAGUCUUAAGCCACUGCUCAAGCCACUACACCAUGCUGGCUCUCCCUGGAAUGUGCUAUACUGAAUUUUAAAAUGCCUGCUUUCUCCUCACCACCCACCAAUUUUCCAUCUCUUAGUCACAUUCACUAGUGUACAGUAACCUACAAAAGAGAUUCAAAGUGCUCACUUUUGGCACCAUGUGUGGAAAAACCCUGAGCUUUGUGCAUUGCAGUGACCUCUAUGGAUCUUGCUUAUUUCCUUUCAGACUGACUUAUUUAGCCAGUAUUAUUGAUAGUUUUGGCUGGCAAACUGGCUGCUCCACCUUCACCCUCCAUAGUACUAAGGUUUGUAUUUGUCUCUUUGUAGUCACUUAAGUUGCCUAGAGAUGAUAAACAUUGGCCCAGCUACAGGGAAAGAUGUGUGGCUGUACAUCCAGUACUGGAAACAGAAAAUCCUACCCUCACAAUCAACCAGGGGAUACUUCAAUCAAACAAACAACUAAGACUUCAACAAAAAUGCCCAAACGUAUUCCAAUUUCCAAGCAGCUGGCUUCCAUAAAAGCUCUAGGAAAAGGUUCUGAUCUAGAGAAAGCGAUUGCUACAGCAGCCUUGGUUUAUGACAAUGCUGCAGACGCUGAUGGGAAACUCAGCAAGUCCGACGCUAAACAGCUACUCCAAAGUCAGUUUAUGCAUUUCAUGCAGGGUCAGGAAACCAAACCAAAAUAUCAGGAAAUAAUUUCUGCUCUUGAUGAGAACAAGGAAGACCAAAUAUGCUUUGAAGAUUUCAUGGUUCAGCUGCUUAGUCUCGCCCUGAUGUCUGACCUCCGUCAAGAGAUCCGAAAUGUGCGAAAAACUAAGUGAUUAAGAAUGUUUAAUAGAAUGCAUAAACUAAGCAAUGGGGAAAAGAGAAGAUAAUCGUAGAAGAAGAUAAUAAAGAACUACAACUAAAGAUA